AUGAAUGUGUACGACGCAGCGCACUCCCUCUACUACCCGUCUGCGCCCGUUCUCGAUAGUCAGCUCCUCGAACUUGGGGCUGUCACGCAAUCCGUGAAACUCGAUCUCUCGCCUCUCUUCAAUGCGAAAGCAGCCUCCUCGGGCCUCAAUGACACUGCGGCGAACUUCGACGGCAGCGGGCGGGCCUAUCCGGUCCAGUGGCUUCCGACAGCGAAAACGUUCAGCUUUACCGGCAUAGAGUUCGACUUGCCUCCGUUCCAUAAUCUGUCUGCCCUAGACACCGUUCAGUCGAACUCGCAGGUGGUGCCUGUGCCAUCGGGGGGCAGUGUUUAUCAGUCUUUCAACGCGCUAGCGGUUGGUCUGGGAGAUGUAAGAGUCUCGAACGUGACGUUUGCAUUCGAAGACGGCACGUCCGAGGACACUGCGAUCAUCGUCGCGCCGUGGUACUCAGGCGGCAGCAUCUUCAACGGGCCGAUCUCUACACCUUUUCACUAUGCAAACCCGACGUACGACUAUGGUAUGACUAUCGACUACAACAGGACGCAUAUCCACUUCGUGACCGUGAGCGUGCGGAACGACAAGAAGCUCAAGUCGGUUACUCUGCCAGUGCAAUCGUCGCAAAUCAACUUCUUCUCCAUCUCCCUCAUCUCAGCGGAUGCCUCUGUCGCUGCCGGUGCCAUGGAAGCAGAAGCUCUCGCCUCCUCGGGUCAGCAGGUGUUAGAUUCCGGCGCCGCGCCGAGAGCGGCCCCCGCUCUGAGCGUGCAGACCGUUCGCUCGACAACCAAAUGGCUUGGCGAGACGACAUCGAAGUCUGCGCGGACCCAGAUCAUCGAGGUGACGAUCAACAACGUCUCCCCGCUCAACGGCCCCCUGGCCGAAUGGGUCACCUCCAAUCACUCGGUCUCCCUGGUCUCCAGCUCGCUCCACACCAUCGCUCCCGGCUCGUUCCGGAGAUUGAGGACGAACGACCAGGUCACGGUCGUCGUGGGCGUUCAGAAUAGCGUCGAUGUGACCUCGGGCAGCAAUGCGACGGUCACUGUGGUGGUGAAGGAUAAGGAUGGGAAGGAGGUCGCGCUUGCUGGAGGCGCUCAGGCUUGGCCGGUCGUCGCCGGCAUCCCAGACUACCAGAACAACGAUCCAAGUUUGGAUACACACGAGUCGCCUGAAUGGUACGAAGAUGCGAAGUUUGGCAUAUUUAUCCAUUGGGGCGUAUACAGCGUUCCAGCGUGGGCACCAUCCGGUCAGCAAUACGCUGAAUGGUACAACUGGGAUCUUCAUAAUCCACCCAACUCGGGCUCUCCGACAUGGGUGCAUCACUUGAGCACGUACGGACCCAACGUCGUGUACGACGACUUCAUCGCCAACUUCACCGCAUCCGCGUGGAACCCUGACGACUGGGUCGACCUGUUCGUGAACGCGGGCGCGAAAUAUUUCGUCCUCGUAACCAAGCAUCACGACGGAUUCGCUCUGUUUGAUACUGGUAGCUCCAGCAACCGGAACUCUUUGCUUCUUGGGCCGAAGCGCGACAUUGUCAAGGAACUGUUAGACAGUGCGAAGGCACGCCAUCCGUCUCUGCGUAGAGGCACCUACUUCAGUAUGCCAGAAUGGUUCAACCCGGACUACGCUCCCUACGCACGUGUGAGCUUCCCUGGCCGUCCGGCAUUGAAUGCCUUCAACGGUUCAUGCUGCGACCCCUAUACCGGAUGGGUCAAGGUGAACGAUUUCCUCGAGGAUAUCCAGAAACCUCAGAUGGAAACUCUCUUCUACAAAUACGAUACUGAAAUUCUCUGGUGUGAUAUUGGUGGAUGGUCCUCAUUCCCCACGUUCGCCGGCGAUUGGUACAACUACGCAGCGUCACAGGGGAGGCAAGUCGUGCGAGACGACCGUUGCGGAACGAAUCAGACCGAUUUUGUCACUCCGGAAUAUGCUACUUACCCUGCGCGGCUGUCGCAAAAGUGGGAGAGUAGCGAAGGGAUGGACCCUUUCAGCUACGGAUACAAUUCGGACACACCACCGGAUGCCUACCAGCAAGCAUCGGAGAUCAUACCCAAGCUCACCGACAUGGUAUCGAAAGGUGGCAACUACCUGCUCGACAUUGGUCCCAAGGCGGAUGGGACCGUCAUUCCAGAAAUGACAGGGCCUCUUCUCGAGGUUGGUGCCUGGCUCAACAGUUCUGGGGAAGCGAUCUACGGCACCCGCCCGUGGUGGAUCGCCUCGGCAGACACCACGCCAGGAUUCACCGACGUGCGCUUUACGACCACGCCUGACGCGUUCUACAUCGUCGCGCUCAGUCGGCCCAACGGGACGCUGAGCACGCCGGCUCCUGUCCCCAUCGCUCUCGGAGACUCGGUCACCCUGCUCGGUGGCACUGGGAGUAGGCUCGACUGGACGAGUACCGACGGCGUGCUGUCGGUGGAAGUGGGCGACGACGAGUUGAACAAAGUGCAGUACGCCUGGGCGUUCAAGGUCUCAUAUGCUUAA